CAGCAGCAGCAGAGGGAGGCUGGACCGGGAACAAUAGAGAGAAACGAAGCCAGCCCAGAAACACCAAACAAACCGAGAGAGAGGGGCGACAGAAAGAAAGAAACCGAGGGAAGAGGAUGGAGGGAGAGAGGGAGGUGAAGUGAGAUCAUGUGAGGAAUAUAAAGACGACAGGAUUCUUUUUUCCUGAGCGGAGCUUUUCUCCUUUUUUCUUUUCUUUUCUUUUUUUGUGUGUGAGUGAGAGAUUUUUCUCCUGUCUCUCCUUCUCCUUCUUCUUCUUCUUCUUCUUCUUCUUUUGUCGCUGGAUUGUACUGAACCGCAGGAUUCCGGCAUCAUGAAUCCUGCAGAAGCGGCCGAGGAGGCGCCGAGCGACGCCGACACUGAUGCCUUCUACAAAACAGGAUCGUUGAGGACUGAAGGCAUCAAAGCAUCCGACGUCCUCCCCGUGUUGAAGGAGAAAGUCGCCUUCGUGUCAGGAGGGCGAGAUAAAAGAGGAGGACCAAUCCUGACGUUUCCUGCCAGGAGUAACCACGACCGGUUAAAACAAGAAGACUUGAGGAGGCUGGUGACCUACCUGUCUACUGUUCCCAGCGAGGACGUGUGCAAGCGCGGCUUCACCGUCAUCAUCGACAUGCGAGGCUCCAAGUGGGAGCUGAUCAAGCCGCUGCUCAAGACGCUGCAGGAGUUUUUCCCGGCAGAGAUCUGCGUGGCGCUCAUCAUCAAACCGGACAACUUCUGGCAGAAGCAGAAGACGAACUUUGGCAGCGCAAAGUUCUCCUUCGAGACCAGCAUGGUGUCGGUCGAAGGUCUGGCCAAACUGGUGGAUCCGUCCCAGCUGACCGACGACUUUGAAGGCUCUCUGGACUACAACCACGAGGAGUGGAUGGAUCUGAGAGUGUCUCUGGAGGAGUUCAUAUCCAGUGCUGUCCACCUGCUGUCCAGGCUGGAGGACCUGCAGGAGCUUCAGUCAAAGAAGGAGUUUCCUGCUGACGUGGAGGGAUCUCGCCGGUUGAUAGAGGAACACACGCAGCUGAAGAAAAAGGUGCUGAAGGCUCCAGUGGAGGAGUUGGACCGGGAAGGUCAAAGGUUGCUGCAGUGCAUUCGAUCCAGUGAUGGGUUUUCAGGGAGAAACUGCAUCUCUGGCUCUGCGGACUUUCAGAGCCUGGUGCCCAAGGUGGCCAGUUUGCUGGACAAGCUCCACUCCACGAGGCAAAACCUUCACCAGAUGUGGCACGUGAGGAAACUGAAGCUGGACCAGUGUUUCCAGCUCCGCCUCUUCGAACAGGACGCCGAGAAGAUGUUUGACUGGAUCCGCCACAACAAGGACGUUUUCCUGCAGAGCCACACGGAGAUCGGGCGCGGUUACCAACACGCCGUGGAGCUGCAGACGCAACACAACCACUUUGCCAUGAACUCAAUGAACGCCUACGUAAACAUCAACAGAAUCAUGUCGGUGGCGAGUCGACUGGCCGAGGCCGGUCACUACGCCUCCACGCAGAUAAAACAGAUCUCAGGUCAGCUGGACCAGGACUGGAAAGGGUUCGCCGCCGCGCUGGACGAGCGCUCCACCAUCCUCGCCAUGUCGUCCGUCUUUCACCAGAAGGCAGAACAGUUCCUGUCCGAGGUGGAGGCCUGGUGUAAAGUCUGCAGUGAGGGAGGUUUACCGACGGAGAUGCAGGAGCUGGAGCUCGCCAUCCACCGCCACCAGAGUCUGUACGAGCAGGUCACGCAGGCUUACACCGAGGUAAGUCAGGACGGUAAAGCCUUGUUGGACGUCCUCCAGAGGCCUCUGAGUCCCGGCAACUCUGAUUCGAUGACGGCCACCGCCAAUUACUCCAAAGCGGUUCACUGCAUCCUGGACGUGGUUCACGAGGUUCUCCACCAUCAGCGGCGCCUGGAGAACAUUUGGCAGCAUCGGAAAGUCCGACUGCACCAGCGGCUGCAGCUGUGUGUGUUCCAGCAAGAUGUCCAACAGGUGAUGGACUGGAUCGAGAACCACGGCGAGGCCUUCCUCAGCAAACACACCGGCGUGGGGAAAUCUCUUCACCGAGCGCGGGCCCUGCAGAAGAGACACGACGACUUUGAAGACGUAGCUCAGAACACUUACACUAAUGCAGACAAACUGCUGGAGGCGGCAGAGCAGCUGGCUCAGACUGGAGAGUGCGACCCGGAGGAAAUCUACAAGGCCGCGCGGCACCUGGAGGUCCGGAUCCAGGACUUUGUCCGACGAGUGGAGCACAGGAAGCUGCUGCUCGACAUGUCUGUCUCCUUCCAUACGCACACUAAGGAGCUGUGGUCAUGGAUGGAGGAGCUCCAGAAGCAGCUCUUGGACGACGUGUGCUGCGACUCGGUGGAUUCGGUUCAGACUCUGAUCCAGCAGUUUCAGCAGCAGCAGACGGCCACACUCGAGGCGACACUCAACGUGAUUAAAGAGGGAGAGGAAUUAAUACAGCAGCUCAGAGACGCCGCCAUGUCGACGAACAAGACGCCACACUGCAGUUCCAUCGCACACAUCCAGGGGGUGCUGCAGCAGCUGGACGAGGCCCAGGGCCAGAUGGAGGAGCUGUUCCACGAGCGCAAAAUCAAACUUGACAUCUUCCUGCAGCUACGCAUCUUUGAGCAGUACACAAUCGAGGUUACAGCAGAGUUGGACGCCUGGAACGAGGACCUGUCUCGUCAGCUGACCGACGCGAGCCGCUCGGGAAGCAGCAGUAGCAGCAGCGGCGGCUCCUUGUCCGGCGGCGCCGAGGACAUCAGCCUGGCGGAGCAGCGGCUGAAGCGGCACGCGGAGAGGAAGGCGGCCAUGAACAACAUGACCUACGAAGUGAUGCAGCAGGGCCAAGACUUGCACCAGUACAUUAUGGAGGUUCAGGCUUCAGGGAUUGAACUGACCGGGGAGAAGGACAUGGACUUGGCGUCUCAGGUUCAGGAGCUGCUGGAGUUUCUCCACGAGAAGCAGCAGGAGGUGGAGCUCAACGCGCAGCACACGCACGCGCGGCUGGAGCAGACCCUGCAGCUGCGCCACCUACAGGCCGAGGUUAAACAGGUGUUGGGUUGGAUCCGUAACGGUGAGUCGAUGCUGAACGCCAGCAUGGUCAAUGCCAGCUCGCUGUCUGAGGCCGAGCAGCUGCAGAGGGAACAUGAGCAGUUCCAGAUGGCGAUAGAGUCUCUCUUCCAUGCAAACUCCCUGCAGAAGACCCAUCAGAGCGCUCUGCAGGUCCAGCAAAAAGCCGAGAUGAUGCUUCAGGCCGGUCACUACGACCCAGAGAUGAUUCGCAACUGUGCAGAGAAGGUGGCCGUGCACUGGCAGCAGCUGAUGCUGAAGAUGGAGGACCGCCUCAAGCUGGUCAACGCCUCCGUGGCCUUUUACAAGACGUCCGAACAGGUCUGCAGCGUGUUGGAGAGCCUGGAGCAGGAGUACCGCCGGGACGAGGACUGGUGCGGCAGCCACGACAAACUGGGAACUUCGGCCGACACGGAGCACCUUCUACCUCUGAUCAGCAAACACCUGGAGCAGAAGGAGGCCUUUCUCAAGGCGUGCACUCUGGCCCGCAGGAACGCCGAGGUGUUUCUGAAGUACAUCCACAGGAACAACGUGAGCAUGCCCGGAGCGGCCGGUCACACCAGAGGGCCCGAGCAGCAGGUCAAAGCCAUCCUGAACGAGCUGCUGCAGAGAGAGAACAGAGUUCUUCACUUCUGGACGCUGAAGAAGAGGAGGCUGGACCAGUGUCAGCAGUACCUGGUGUUUGAACGCAGCGCCAAACAGGCACUUGACUGGAUCCAGGAGACAGGUGAGGUUUACCUGGCCACACACACAUCACCUGGUGAGAGCAACGAGGAAACGCAGCAACUGCUCAGCGACUACCGUCACUUCAGACUCUCUGCCAAGCAAACCAAGGACAAGGUGAAGCUGCUGAUCCAGCUCGCCGACAACCUGGUGGAGAAAGGCCACGCCCACGUGUCGGAGCUGAAGCGGUGGGUGAGCACGGUGGAUCGCCGGUACAGAGACUUCUCUGCGCGCAUGGGAAAAUACCAGGAGAGUCUGGAGAGGAGCCUGGGGGUCAGCUCUGAGGACAACAAAGACCUGGAGUUGGACAUAAUCCCCGCCAGUUUGACUGACGACCCUGAGGUCAAACUGCGUGACCCCAACCACGAGGUCAACGAGGAGAAGAGAAAAUCAGCGCGGAAGAAAGAGUUCAUCAUGGCCGAGCUGCUGCAGACGGAGAAGUCCUACGUCAAAGAUCUCCACGAGUGUCUAGAGACGUACCUGUGGGAGAUGACGAGCGGCGUGGAGGAGAUUCCCCCGGGCAUCGCCAACAAGGAGCACAUUAUCUUCGGGAACAUGCAGGAGAUCUGUGACUUCCACAACAAUAUUUUCCUGAAGGAGCUGGUGAACUACGAGCAGCUGCCAGAGGACGUCGGCCAUUGUUUCGUCACCUGGGCGGACAAGUUCCACAUCUACGUGGAUUACUGUAAGAACAAACCCGACUCCAGUCAGCUCAUACUGGAGCACGCCGGCACCUUCUUUGAUGACAUUCAGCAGAGACGGGGACUGGCCAACUCCAUCUCCUCCUACCUCAUCAAACCAGUCCAGAGGAUCACCAAAUACCAACUACUGCUCAAGGAGUUACUGUCGUGCUGUGAGGAAGGCAAAGGGGAGAUCAAAGACGGUCUGGAGGUGAUGCUCGGCGUUCCCAAGAGAGCCAACGACGCCAUGCACCUCGCCAUGUUGGAGGGCUUUGAGGAGAACCUGGAGGUGCAGGGCGAGCUGAUCCUGCAGGACAGCUUCCAGGUGUGGGAUCCGCGCUCCCUGAUCAGGAAGGGGAGAGACCGACACCUCUUCCUGUUUGAGUUCUCGCUGGUUUUCAGCAAGGAGAUCAAAGACUCGGCGGGCAGAACCAAGUACCAGUUCAAGAACAGACUACUGACGUCAGAGUUGGGGGUGACUGAGCACAUCGAGGGCGACUCGUGUAAGUUUGCUCUGUGGGCUGGAAGAACCCCGUCCUCUGACAACAAAACUGUGCUAAAAGCGUCCAACAUGGAAGCUAAACAGGAGUGGAUUAAAAACAUCAGGGAGGUGAUCCAGGAGAGGAUGACUCACCUGAAGGGGGCGCUCAAGGAGCCUCUUCAUCUGCCCAAAACACCAGCACUGAGCAAACCCAGGAAUAACACAAAGAGGGACGGAGGUGAAGACGGUGACAGUCAGGGAGACGGCAGCAGCCAACCAGACACCAUCUCCAUCGCUUCCAGGACGUCACAGAACACUGUAGACAGCGACAAGCUCUCUGGAGGCUGCGAGCUGACGGUGGUCCUCCAUGACUUCACAGCAGGGUGCAGCACGGAGAUGUCUGUCAGCACAGGUCAGACAGUCGAGCUGCUGGAGCGGCCGAGCGAGCGGCCCGGCUGGUGUCUGGUCCGGACCACAGACCGCAGCCCCCCGCAAGAGGGUCUGGUUCCCAGUUCUGCACUCUGCGUGUCCCACUCGCGCUCCAGCGUGGAGAUGGACUGUUUCUUCGGCUCAGGAAAAGAAAACUACCCGGUCAGUGGCUCUGACGGGAAAACCGAGUCCGUGGCGAACCUCCAGCCGCAGCCGUCCCUCAACUCGCUGCAGUCCAGCUCGCCGGGACCCAAACGCUCUGGGAACACUCUGAGAAAAUGGCUGACCAGUCCGGUCCGCCGCCUCAGCCACGGCAGCUCCGUCAAGAAACUGCCCAACAACAAACAGAAUAAGACGCGACCUGGAACUGGAAGAGAGGAGAACAGGAAGAGUAUUGACCUGGGACAACCGGACCUCACACUGCAGGACGACAACAUUGAAGAGAGAGUCCUCAGUAAAGACAGCAACCUCCUCUCGAAGACGUCGUCCGGCAUGCAGAGCGGCGGCGAGGAGGAGCAGGACGAGGAGGCUCACACUCCUCUGCCUCCUCCCAUGGACAUCAUCAAGGAUCCUUCAGCUCAGGAUGAGAAGUCUUCGUCCUUGCUAACGUCCCUGCAGUCGUCUUCUGAGGUGCCCAGCGCCGCAGAGCUGGUUAGCGCCAUAGAAAAACUGGUUAAAACCAAGAUGACUCUGGAACCAGGAGCGUACCCCGGGUUCUCCCCGCUCUCUCCGCCCGAACAAACCACUCCCGUCCAGCCGAGAAACCCUGAGCUGGAGCAGCGAGCCAAAGCUAUGAGAGGACGCAUGUUUGUCCUCAAAGAGCUGAUUCAGACGGAGAGGGACUACGUCAAAGACCUGGGCACGGUGGUGGAGAGCUUCAUGAAGAGAAUGGAGGAGAAGGGCGUCCCCGAGGACAUGAAAAGAAAAGACAAAAUCGUCUUCGGGAACAUCCACCAGAUCUACGACUGGCACAGAGAUUUCUUCGUAGGAGAACUGGAGAAAUGUUUGGAAGACCAUGAACAUCUUCCUGAGCUUUUCAUCAAACAUGAGAGACGACUGCACAUGUAUGUGGUUUAUUGUCAGAAUAAACCGAAGUCUGAGUUCAUCGUGGCAGAAUAUGACACAUAUUUUGAAGGAAUCCAGCAGGAGGUUCAGUCCAGGCUCAGCCUCAGCGACUUCCUCAUCAAACCAAUCCAGAGAAUCACCAAAUACCAGCUGCUGCUUAAGGACUUCCUGAAGUACAGCGCAAAGGCAGGAUUAGACUGUGAUCAGAUUGAGAAAGCGGUAGAUUUGAUGUCUCAGGUCCCGAAGCUGUGUAACGACAUGAUGAACCUGGGUCGACUGCAGGGAUACGAGGGUAAGCUGACCAGUCAGGGCAAACUGCUGCAGCAGGAGACCUUCUUCGUGACGGAGCAGGACGGCGGCGUCCUGUCGCGCUCCAAGGAGCGGCGGGUCUUCCUCUUCGAGCAGAUCGUCAUCUUCAGCGAGCUGCUCAGGAAAGGGUCGUCCACGCAGAGAUACCAGUUCAAGAAGAGCAUCAAGGUGUCCUACCUGGGUCUGGAGGAAGUGGUGGACAACGACCCCUGUAAGUUCGUGUUGUCGUGCCGCGGCUCGUCCGAGCGUCUCACUCUGCAGGCGGCCAACGUCGACAUCAAGCAGGUGUGGGUGCAGCACAUCCAGACAGUCCUGGACGCGCAGAGCAACUUCCUGUCUGCUCUCCAGUCUCCCAUCGAGUACCAGAAGGAGAAGGGCGCGGGCAGCAGCUCGUCGCUCACCAGGAACCGCUCGUCCUCGGGGAGCCGGCCCUCGAUGUCGUCUCACAGUCGGCCGUCGUCCACCGUCGGCCUCGGCGACAAGGAGCUGGAGCGAGGGUGGAGCCAGAUGAAAGUCUCUACCUCCAACGGCGGCUCGUCGUGUUUUGACCCCAGGGACAGCGACGGCGGCUGCAACGGCGUCUCGUCCACCAUGAUGGUCACUCAGGACUACUCGGCGCUGAAGGAGAACGAGAUCUGCGUGAUCCACGGCGAGACGGUGCAGAUCCUGGCCACCAACCAGCAGAACAUGUACCUCGUGUACCGGUCGGCCAACGUCCAGUCGCCGGCCGCCGAGGGCUGGGUGCCGGGACACGUCCUCGGCCCGGCCACAAAGCCUAUAAAAGACUCCGCCUCCACGUCGUCCUUCCCGGCGGCGGUGGCCGACGCCCACAACAUCAAGAAGUCUCUGUCGUGGAACACGCUGCGCGCCAGGAAGCGCGCCGAGGCCAAGGACGCCGGCUCGCUGGGGGUCGCGAGGGGUCACGAGAAUGGCCUCCUGCGUAAGGCCAAAGAAAUCACGCCCCCUCCCCCUCUGGCCUCUGCCGCCGCCACGGGGUCAAAGGGCAAAGACGUCCACACUUCAGACGAGUCCGACUGUGACGACGACCUCGACCCAAAGACGGGCAUGGAGCUUCUGAACCCAAACUUCAUCCAGGAAGUGGCCCCAGAGUUCCUCGUCCCUCUGUCAGACGUGGCGUGUGCGUUCGGGGAGACGGUCGUCCUCUGCUGCAAAGUGUGUGGUCGACCCAAACCCUCGGUGACUCUGAAAGGCCCCGACCAGAACCCGGUGACCAGCAACAACCGCUUCACCAUCGACAUCAGGGACACCGGUGACAUCCUGCUAAAGAUCUGCAACCUGAUGCCUCAGGACACGGGGAUCUACACCUGCGUUGCCGUUAACGACCACGGCUCCGCCUCCUCCUCCGCCUCCAUUAAAGUCCAAGGUAUCCCAGCAGCCCCGGGGCGGCCCGUGGCACAGGAAGCCAGCAGCACGGCAGUGAUGGUCCACUGGCCUCCUCCUGCUUCAUCUGCUCACUGUGCUGUGAGCAGCUACACUGUGGAGUACAGACAGGAAGAUUCGUUGCUAUGGGAACAGGUGGUCAGCAGCAGGGAGGAGUGCGUCCAGAUCGACGCCCUGAUUCCCGGUGGUCAUUAUCAGUUCAGGGUGCGAGCCUCCAACCGCUGGGGGCUGGGGCCGCCGUCCGAGGCCUCCAACAUGGUCACACUGCCCAACAGCAACUCAGGAUAUGACGGAACAGGAAUCCAGUGGAAAGACAACUUUGACUCCACCUUCUCUGAGAUCUGUGAGAUUGGAAGGGGACGAUUUUCAGUGGUGAGAAAGUGUCUCAACAGGUCUACAAAGAAAGAGGUCGCAGUGAAGUUCGUGAGUAAGAAGAUGCAGAAGAAGGAGCAGGCGGCUCACGAGGCCGACAUUCUCCAGCACGUGCAGAACCACCAGCUGGUGGCGCUGUUGGACACAUAUGAGUCCCCCACCUCUCUGAUGCUGGUCCUGGAGCUGCUGGAGGACGGUCGACUCCUCGACUACCUCGUCGCCCACGACGAGCUGAUGGAGGAGAAGGUGGCGUUCUUCAUCCGGGAGACGCUGGAGGCCGUGCAACACCUGCACACCUGCAGGGUAGCACAUCUGGAUCUGAAGCCUGAGAACAUCAUGGUCGACCUCCACGCUCCCACGCCGUGCGUCAAACUCGUCGACCUCGGCGACGCCGUGCAGCUGUCCGUGCACCGCCGCUACGUCCACCUGCUGCUCGGGAACCCGGAGUUCGCCGCGCCGGAGCUCAUCCGCGGGACGCCGGUCUCCGUGGCGACAGACAUGUGGAGCGUCGGCGUGCUGGCGUACGUCCUGCUCAGCGGCGUUUCGCCGUUCCUGGACGAGUCGCCCGAGGAGACGUGCGUCAACAUCUGCCGCCUGGACUUCUGCUUCCCGGACGAGUACUUCCGGGACGUGAGCCAGGCGGCGAGGGAUUUUGUGUCGUCGGUGCUGCAGCAGGAUCAGCGCAAGAGGCCGAGCGCCACUUCCUGUCUGCAGCACCCGUGGGUGGGUCGAGGGGGCGCGCACGGCGGCGAGUACUCCAAGACGCCCCUGGACACGACGCGACUGGGCGCGUUCAUCGACCGCAGAAGACAGCUGCACGACAUCAGGCCCAUCACCAAUAUCAAAGGGCUGGUGAGCAGCAGCAUGGGCAACACACUGUGAAGAAGACGACAUCAAUAAAAAAAAUCCACCUGUGACCACCAGUGUACCAAUAAUAACACUAUAAUAAUAUAUUUUAGGCUUUUAAUUAUCUCAGUUAUUUAUUAAUGUGCGAGUGGGAAAAGGAUUUGUCGCCCGUGGUGCGAGAUUUAGGCCACUUUGGUUCAAACCCAUACAUAAAUACAAUAAAUAAUGUCAUUUUAUGGUUGUACAACAUUUACUCGUCAACCAAAAAUGUAAUUUCUUCAUUUACUGGCCAGAUUGUCCUGGAUGUCCCAUUAAAAUCCCAAAGAACUAACUCAAAUUUGAGAAAAACGACCACUGUGAGCAAAAAAGUGACGGAGAAUAAUAUUUGGUUUUAUUUACAUUAAGAGGGUUUAUUUUUACAGAACAAAAAAGAAAAACAACAAAAAACAUAUAUUUGUUAUUAAUCCCAAAGUCGAGUCAAUCCCAGUCUUACUCCACAACUCCCGAGACACGAUAUUCCAGCUCAGGGACAUAAGACGACCGACCAAUGACAUGAGUUAUGAGUGAACAUGAGUUUGUUCAAGUUCGUUUAACCAGCGACUGAUAAGCAAAGAUUAGGUGCUUAGCUAAAAAUGUGUUUACACUGUGACGGUAUAAUGUUUGCAUGGUCAUCAUCUCUGAGUUAAUUUAAAGCUGCUGGGAGUUAAUAAUCCUGUUAAUAAUCCACGUUAAAAGACCCAGUGUGUACAGAUUGAGUGGCAUCUAGUGGUCAAGCUGCAUAUUGCAACUGACCGAAUCACAAUUGUCUUCACGCUUGUGUUCAAAAAUCGAAUUGGCUCAAAAAAAAUCACAAGAAAAUUCAAAGCAUAGUGACUAGCCACCAGGGGGCGACACUGUUGGAUGUAAUCAAAGAACUUAGUUUGAAUGUAAGUGUGGGAAAAUUAGCUUCUACUUGAUUUUAUAUCCUGACGUGUUAAUAAUCUAGAUUAUUGUUGUUGUUUUCAGU